CAGUGACAGGGGACAGGGGUGCAAGGGAGGUUCUGAUGGAGCUGAAAGUGCCUCCGGAACGUCAUCCAGGCCUCGGCAAAAGCCCGUGAAGUCGGCAUGCGCAGCCGCAACCGCGACCUCGGAAUUGUCAACUUAGAUACUCCAUCAAAUCUCUAUCGACAAUUUCCUUCCAUUCGCCAUACAGACCGAAUGCGUCGAUAUGUCUUCCGAUAGACUCCUCAGAACAGUUCUGCAGCAUUACCCGGACGUCCACGAUGCUGCAAAGACCGAGCAGAUCAUCGGGUCGACAACACAUCUCCUCACCGAGCUCACAAACCCUCUAAAUCUCGGCCUUCUCACGUCGCAAUUGUUAACGGCCCCUGCGAUAUGGUUCCAGCCAGGCGGCAUUCGCACUUCGGUUCGAGUUAUCAGCAUAUACAAUACUGCGGCCGCGCGCAUCCAUAACUAUGAAGUCGCUAAUCGCGAUCGGAAAGAACCCCAUGAGGGCGGUGGAUUGAGCUGCGAAGAAUGGACGCGCGCUGUCGUCAAAGGAGCGGACGACCGAUCGAGGCGAUGGCAGCAUCUUCUGGUUCUGACUGGUGUUCUUAUGGGAAUGGAGUCCAGCAAUCGGCAAUCUUUGUCGCGUGGCAUGAGGAAUACUCUUGAAGAGGCGGUAGUGAUGGCGGCAAAUCUGGCACUCGAGAGUCGCGACGAGGAUGGUCCGGUCGCAGGCGCAUCGGUUGUCAUGGCACUUAACUUUGCCUUUCCGUUGCUGUCUGACUUCCAUCGAAGCCUCAUUAACUGCAAUGCGCUGUUGCCUCUUAUUGUGUGGACGGUGACAGCUGAGGAGGGCUUCGGCCACGGCCAGUUCUUGGCGGCAGUCAGCUCCGAGGUUGUCGAAUCACCAAAUCACCUCCUCGCAUGGUCACCAAAUACGCCCUCGUUUCGAUUCAUUCAAGAACUGGAUAGGCGACCUACUCUAGCCAACAUGGGGCCGUUGGCGAAGCUUGCUGGGUACGCUGUUCAACAGGCCACAGACACACAGGCCGUGAUUGCCGCGCAAGACGCUCUUCUUGCCUUUAGCAGCCAGGUGUUGGAUAUGUGGCGGUUGAAUCGUUUGAGCGACAUAGAUCCAGCGCUUGAGGGUAAUGUGCUCACUCAGGAGACCAUUACAAGCACCUGGCCAGUUCUAUGGAACUUGCUGAGGAAGCUCAUGUUUGGGACGGUUGCUAUUCUGCAGGCGAUUGUCUCGCGAAGUCUUCUUGACCCGCGCAUGUUGAACGACAUAGCUGCUCCUGUCAUCGCGUCAAAGUCGCUUCGCAUAUUACGCAACAUCUUCUUCAUCUCCUCAAGGAACGGCAAUAGCGCGUUCCAGGUCUACAACUUUACAUAUCUCACUUCGAUCGACUCGAUCUCCCGGAGCGCCCCUGCUUGCCACAGGUUCCUCCAGGAAUUCCGACCUUCCGAGGAUGCAUCGACAUCCACUACAUAUCUGCAAAGAACAUUGGACCUGUUCUACCUUAAUCUAUCUGAACACUUACCACUUAGUCUGCCAACUGAUGCAUGCGACGCUCUAAUAAUCAAACCAGCGAUUGCAUACAUUUCUCAUGAAGGACCUACGACACAAAAUAUGGUUGAGAUCUUCGAAUCCGCACACAGCGCCAUUCUAUCAACCAUAUCUUGCCCCCAACAUAGCCCUCUCACCAUCGAACUUACACCUUUCUAUAUCGCUCUGCUGUUCAACUCAUUCCCGCAGCAUAUCUCAUCCCGUCAAUUCAGAGUGGCCUUCAAGACUGUGAUGCAGAUUGUAUCACCUCCCUUCCCCAUCGCAGAGCUGGAGCCGCAGCUAUCGGAGACACUUCUAGAGAUGCUUCGAGCUUCAAUUUCCACGGCGUCGACGAGUCUGCUGCCACCAACAGCAGAUAUCGUCGCACAAGCUGCGAUGGAAGAGACUCAGGAGGAGCGUCAUUCUCAGCAGAGUUCACUUGCUUUAGCUCUAGUUGAUUCACUCCCAUAUCUACCUCUUCCUCUGGUGGAAGAAUGGUUCACGAUUGCUGCUCAAGCCAUGAAUGAAAUUGAGGAUCCCGUACUAAGGGAACCAGUCAAGCAACGGUUCUUGCAGAUUCUCGUUAGUGGAGAGCUAGACGUGGAACGAGCAGCUAUUGGGGUAGCUUGGUGGGGAACUCGAGGAGGUCGAACACUGAUUCUCGGUGUAAACGCGGAACCUGCCAUGAUGAGCGGCGCGCUUCCUGGGCCUGACAGAUCUAGCCAUCUGUGAAGAUGACAUCCCUCGGCACAAUGUUGCCAUAGUGUGCAUGCACUGUUCUGGAUGAAUUCUUGACCUUGCCGGGUCAGAUAGUGUAUGCUUGCCGCAAAGUCAAAGACAAGCUUGUUGCACGUUGCAUUAAGGAUGUAAUAAAGUAACUCAAGCGGCAGCUAUUUGCAACUAUAGUUAUGUCCUGGAAUGGUGACGUUGUGAAACAUUUCAAGGGGUUUCGGGUCGUUGGGCUGAUCAUCUGGCUGUCGUGGGAAACCCCGCAGGCGCAUGUGGGCGUUACAGGUGUUGGGCUUGUUGCCGUGAGCCUCGAUGCAAUUGUGUCAUUUGUGCUUGAGUAUCUAGCCUCAAUAGGCGGUUUGUGCUCGAAGCAGAUCGAGAUCUACUAGGAAUUGGGUGUGUCUCCGUUGAAGAAGCCGGACACGCCGGGCGACGAUAGUUUGCUGAGAACGGGCAAUCACCACACGUGGGGAGACAGAGUAUUGGACAGGGCACGAACUGGAUGCCCUGAAGUUUGACUUAGCUUGGAUAUCUUUUGUUGGUGUGGUGGUCUGAGGAAUACCGAACAGCGAGGCGUGUUGGCCUGCCACCAACUCAUACACUCGUGAACUUGUUUGAGGACAAAGAUUGCAAGUUAUAACCGGCUCUUGUAAGAUAAUACGACCUUAAUAGAUAUGAAAAUCUGGGAAUGCACUCAUCAAUAUCAAGGAAACAAGCUACGAUAGGCAAUCAAAGGAUCAAUUGCCAAGGCAAGGGUCCUGGUGAAGCGGGGUUGCUAUUGCUACAGUACCUGUUCUCUCACUAUCAAGAGUGAGCAGUUGUUCUGGAACUUGAGUGGGGGAGUCAAGACAAGGUUGCUAGGCCCGAUUCCGAGCGCGAUCUUGACUUAGACCCCGU